AUGAGCCAUCACUCGCCAGGACGCGAGGAGCCAUCCCUCGGCAGGACGCGAGGAGCCAUCCCCCGCCAGAACGCAAGGAGCCAUCCCCCGCCAGGACGCGAGGAGCCAUCCCCCGCCAGGACGCAAGGAGCCAUCCCUCGCCAGGACGCGAGGAGCCAUCCCCCGCCAGGACGCGAGGAGCCAUCCCUCGGCAGGACGCGAGGAGCCAUCCCUCGCCAGAACGCAAGGAGCCAUCCCUCCCCAGGACGCGAGGAGCCAUCCCCCGCCAGGACGCGAGGAGCCAUCCCUCGGCAGGACGCGAGGAGCCAUCCCCCGCCAGAACGCAAGGAGCCAUCCCCCCCCAGGACGCGAGGAGCCAUCCCCCGCCAGGACGCAAGGAGCCAUCCCUCGCCAGGACGCGAGGAGCCAUCCCCCGCCAGGACGCGAGGAGCCAUCCCUCGCCAGGACGCGAGGAGCCAUCCCCCGCCAGGACGCAAGGAGCCAUCCCUCGCCAGGACGCGAGGAGCCAUCCCCCGCCAGGACGCAAGGAGCCAUCCCUCCCCAGGACGCGAGGAGCCAUCCCCCGCCAGGACGCGAGGAGCCAUCCCUCGCCAGGACGCAAGGAGCCAUCCCCCGCCAGGACGCAAGGAGCCAUCCCUCGCCUCGCCAUUCGAAACCCACAUCAAAAAAUAUACAACUACAAACGAGGUGAAGGAAAUGUAA